AUGAGCACUGCGGAUGAACGAUCAAGCCAAGCUGCUCUCGCCGACUUCGUGAUCUGGAAGACGCACACCACCCACGAUAUCGGCAGCAACCAAGACGCCUACGGCUUCAGCAACACGGAGCAGCUCGACUGCGACUAUGUCGAUAAGCACAUGAAGGAGCAGCCCGCGCACGACGACAUCAGCCAGUGGUGGGGAGUCCGGUGCAAGGGCUGCAACGAGCACCACCCCACCGUGAUCGAAUGGCACAACGAGAUGGGCCAUUUCACGGCGUAUGAGAACCGCGGCUGGGCGAUGGUGGACACCUCCGACAAUGUCAAGGGCCACUGUGGACGUCCCGAUGGGAUUGAGACUUAUGACUGCAACUUUUUCGGCGCUACGACUCACCUGGAGCUCAUGAUCCGCUGCGACAACGACUACAACUCCGACCCUAUCAACGACUAG